UCAGAAGAAGAAACUAUUUACUGACAUAACCUUAAAUUAUAACUAUUUAAAGUUAAAAAAUGAAUGUUUUCAAAAGAACAAGUAUCGAAUUUGUAAAAUGUAUGAAUCAGGCUACAAAAAGUUAUACAAACAGACCAAUAGUUACGUAUAAUAGUGCUAUAUCCCUUAAGAAUCUGUAUCCGAAUAGUAGUUUGAAAAUAACGACACCCAAGAUACCAGAUCAAAACACAAAUGGAUUUACUGGGUUUAUUCCAAUGGAGGAAUUACAAAUAACAUUCAGUAGAAGUUCAGGUCCGGGUGGUCAAAAUGUAAAUAAAGUUAACACUAAAGUUGAUAUAAGAUUCCAUUUAAAAUCGGCGAAAUGGUUAAAUGAAGAAGAAAAACAAAAAAUGUUCGAGACGUUCGGUCAAAGGUUAACACAAGACGGUUACUUAAUAUUCAGAUCAGAUUUAACAAGAUCCCAACAACUAAAUGUAGCGGAUUGCCUCGAAAAAAUUAGAAAAGCGGUAAGAAGUGCAGUGGAAGUUAAACAGGAACCUAGUCCAGAAAGUCAAGAACGUGCUAGAAGAAGGCUGGAAAGAGCUUCUAAAGAGAGAUUGUUGCUCAAAAGACAAAGGUCUCAAAUUAAACAGGACAGAAGAGAUACAAUCGAAAUGUAGUUAUGAUGAUAAUAAAAAAAUGAAUAAUCAUGUAAUUUUGAAAUAUUUUGUUUUAUUAUUAAAUUAAUCAGUAUUCAU